GGCACCCAAGGUCGCGGUGGACGCUGUGUUUGCACGCCGCCUGCUCUCCAUCCUCAAGAUCUGUGUGCCAUCCCCAUUCUGCUUCGAGGCGGGGCUGGUGUAUGGGCAGGGCUUGCUGCUGCUGCUGCGCUCCCUCCUCACCGAGUACAUCAGCCGGCUGGAGGGCAUGGGGGGCAGGUGGAUCAUCCAGCAGAACACGCAGCGUCUGACCCGCGUGCUGGCCACAUUCGUGGGGGUGUCGGUGCCUGCGGCCCUGGUGAACAGUGGGCUCAAGUACAUGCAGAAGAGGAUCAAACUGUCCUUCCAGCGCCGCCUGACGCACGUCCUGCACGAGCACUACACGAAUCACCGCGCCUACUACGCGGCAAGCACGCUGGGAGGUCUGACACAUGCUGACCAGCGCAUUACCGAGGAUGUGGAGAAGUUUGCCCACACGGUGUCGGAGCUGUACAGUUACACCUUCAAGCCGCUGCUGGAUGUGGUGCUGUUCACGCGGGCGCUGUCCCGCGUGAUGGGCUACCAGCGGCAGGCCGCCCUGUACGGCUACUACCUGGUCAUCAGCCAGGUGCUGCGCGCCACCAGCCCCCCGCUGGCGCUGAUGACGGCCCAGGAGACGGCGCUGGGCGGCGCCUUCAGGGCGGCGCACCAGCGGCUGGUGGCCAAUGCGGAGGAGGUGGCGGUGAGUUGGCGCGGGCGGUGCACCGAGCAGAUGAUCCUGAACCAGCACCUGUACCGCCUGCUGCACCACUCCAGGCUCUCCGCCUUCCAGCAGUUUGUGCAGCAGAGCCUGGACGGCUUCUUCCCGCCACACCCGCUCGUCUCGCCUCGCCCCAGCCGCCCAGCUAGGCCGCCCCACCCCCGGCACCCCACCUCCCCGCCUCCCCCGCAGGACUACAUCUCCGCCAUGCGCCUGCUGGGCAGCACGUCGCGCGCCAUCGGCGACCUGGUGCUGGUGUACAAGCGUGUGACGGGGCUGGCGGGGCACACGUCGCGCGUCAGCGAGCUGCUGGAGCGCAUCCGGGGGCUGGCCAGCGCCGACGAGGACAGCACCGUCACGCGCCUCUACCUGCGGUGGGCCGGGAGGGACUCCUCUGCGGGCGUGCUGGAGCCGCUGCCGGAGCCUCAGCGGCUGGAGGGCGACACGGUCAAGUUCAGGCGCGUGUACCUGUCCUCGCCAGACGGCAACCUGCUGGUGCGGGAGCUGUCGUUUGAGGUGGUGCCCGGGCGCAGCGUGCUGAUCAUGGGACCCAACGGGUGCGGCAAGAGCAGCCUGUUCCGGGUGGCGGCGGGCCUGUGGCCGCUGCAGGCAGGGGAGGUGACGCUGCCGCCCAAGGGAGAGCUCUUCUACCUGAGCCAGCGGCCGUACCUUGUGUCUGGCACGCUGCGGGACCAGCUGCUGUACCCGGAGCCGCCGCAGGCGGUGUGGGACACGGCGUCUGGCAGGAGCAGGGCGCGGGUGGAGCCGUGGAUGAAGUCGCUGCAGCUGGGGGAGGAGGAGCUGGAGGAGCGGCUGUGCGAGUGCCUGGAGGCGGUGGAGCUGGACUACUUGCUGAUCAGGGGGAGGGGGUGGAACCAAGUGCAGCCCUGGAACGAGACGCUGAGCGGCGGCGAGAAGCAGCGGCUGGCCAUGGCGCGCCUGCUCUUCCACCGCCCGCGCUAUGCCAUCCUGGAUGAGUGCACCAGCGCAGUGAGCGCAGAUGGCGAGCAGAAGCUGUACAGCGAAUGCGUGCGCGCCGGCAUCACGAUGCUGUCGAUUGGCCACCGCCCUGCGCUGCGGGAGCACCACUCGGUCAUCGUGGAGUUUGACGGCAGCGGCAACUUUGAGCAGCGCACUCUGCGCAGCAGCGACAAGGAGGGCCUGCUGGCGGCGGGGCAGCAGUAGCCCCAGCCCACUUUCGACCUUGCACAAGCCCCCAGCUCGUUAUUUGAUGACAUUUUUCCUGUGGUUGGCUCCUCACAGUUGAUCGCUUUCCGACCACUGACCUCUCUCAGCGCUACCUGUACUGCUCACCUUUCCUUGCUGUACUUAUGUUCCGUUGGUCCAUGAUGCAUAGACUGAUGCAUAGAGCACAGAGAUACAAGCGCCAACUGGCAAGCUAAUUUUACACAGCCAGGC